AUGACAUCCUUAAUCCCCGACGCGAGUGUCAUCGCUGAGGCAGAACAGCUGGUCCUGAGCCUCAAAGGCCAUGCAGGCUCAGCGGCUGACCAGGCCAAGGCGGUGCGCCAGCUCGACAGGCUCCGAUGCCUCCUGCACAAGGGUCCAGAUGCUCUGAUGUCCCAGUCUUAUCCGUUCCAACUCCUCCCGGCUCUCAACGUUCUGAUGGAGUUCGGCGUGUUCGACGCAGUACCGCUCGAGGGUGACACCUCGACGAAGGACUUGGCCGCAGCCGUCAAGCUCGACGCCACGAUUCUGAGUCGCUUCCUCCGUAUCGUCCUCACCCAGGGCAUUUUCCACGAGAAGGCUCCGGGGUUCUACGAACACACGCCCGCCUCCACCAUUUUUCGUGCUGACCAGGCCGCCAGCUUUUUCCGCCUAGGUACCAUGCAGUUUUCGCAUUGGUGGAAGGUCGCCGAGUACCUCAAGACCCACUCAGCCCAAGAGGCGCAAGAUGCCACGAAAGUGCCCUACGUCUGGGCGCACGGCAAAGGGCCCAUGACGUACUACGAGGCCAUCGAGGAGGACCCGGUCGUGUCAGACGCGUGGCACAAGGGCAUGAUCAUGAUCGAAUCGACGCAGCCCAUCACCGGCAUGUUCCCGUUCCGCUCCACGAUGAGGGCCGCCGUCGAGGCCGAGCCACAGCGUGCCUUUGUCGUGGAUGUUGGGGGAGGCCGGGGAAACGCCCUUGCAGCCAUCAUGAAAGAGUGUGGCGGCGGCAGCUAUGGUGCUUCAAUGGUGUUGCAAGAUAUGCCUGAGGUUCUCGAGGGCAAAGACCCCGUCCGGCUCGAUGGGGUGCAGAACAUGCCACACAACUUCUUCAACGUGCAGCCCGUGAAAAGUAGGUGGCCCCCUUAA